AUGCUGCAGCAGCUUUUCGUUCUUUCGGUCUGCAUUUCGGCCUGGAAUGCGGCGCCGGUCGAUGGCGCCACAGAUCAGAAGGACGGUAUGCCCUCUUCGUCAGCUCCGUGCUUUCGCCUUUAGUUUUCCCUGCGCGCCCGUCUUUUUUCCUUAGAUGAGGGAGACGAAUGAGAUCGCUCGUUUCUUUAGCUACCAGUUGAUGCAUCGACCUUGCUAGCCUCCUUCGGUGGGCUUGUUUGUGUCCCCCUCCAGCUAGGCUGUGAGCGAUUUCAUUCCAUCUUAUGGCGCACUGCGAGUGCAGAGUGAGUAGAUUUGGGGAGAGCCAGACCUUUUUCCAGUAAUCUUCCGAGGAGAGGAGAUUCCCCUCUGUAUGACCGCAAUGCGCCGACACAUCUUGGGUAUCCCAGGAGCGAUGGGCGAUGACCCAAUUUGGUGUCUUCUUGAGGUUGGAUUGGAUUGGAUCUCGGUUCGUAACGAGGGCCAUAUCUUCCUGCCUCCGCCAUUACAUGAUUGCCGGAUUCCCGUUCCGAGUUCAAUCCCGCUGCGAUUUUCCUUUGCCGCGGGCUCGCGCAGCUGACUAUAAAAGUCUGAAUUCCGAUCGGGAAGGAACCGAGCUUGGCCGUGCCAUGGUGGAAUCGGAAGACUUCCUACUCGAAACCUACAUGAUACGUCUGUGAAUUCAGAGCCAAACCAGGGUGGCCGCCCCUGCCCACCUCCCAAUCUUGUUCACCAGAGCGAUACAUGGGUUCGCUUUAAUAUCUACUGAAAGUAACCUGAGAUGUCGUAGCGGAGCUUUCACCCCGAUGCGGACACGUCUUGAUUUCCGAGGACGCCCUUCAUUGCCUGCUUUCUCCCCUCCGGAGCGUUUCAUGUGAGUUCAACCUCAUUUCCCUACUUCUGACAUGGGUUUUUCUUGUUUUUUGUCCCCUGGUGCAGUCUCCGCUCUUAAUGUCAUGUAUAGCAGCUUGAACAGUCCUUCGCAGCUGACCGGGUGGACCUCUAACGGCGGGGAUCCAUGCGGGCAGUCAUGGAAGGGCAUUACGUGCUCGGGUUCCAGAGUUACAGAAAUGUUAGCGUCUGGUCACUCAGUGCGCAUUAUGGAACGCUCCUCGUCCUCUUCUGACGCUCUCUCCCCCUCUUUUUGGAUUCAUCAGCAAAUUGUCUGGCUUGGGGCUCACCGGGUCGAUGGGCUACAAGCUUCAGGAUCUGGACUCCGUGACGAACUUGUCAGUCUCGCUGCCCCCAUCAUCUCCCCUGCGCUUCUGUCCGUGAUUUUAGUCUUUCUAAUGUUCAUAUUAACUCGCGACGGCACUAAUGCAGCGAUUUGAGCAACAAUAACGUCGGAGUUUCGACCGAAAUACCAUACGGGCUCCCCCCGAACCUAAAGAGACUGUGAGUUCUAGAGUAAAAGCUGGUGUUUUCUAUCUGCCGUCCGCUCCCCUGCAGUCUGAUCGGAGCGCCUUCCUUUCUAUGCAGGAAUCUUGCGGGGAACUCAUUCAAGGGGGGAGUCCCUUAUUCGAUUUCCCUGAUGUCUCAGUUGGAUUAUCUGUGAGUUCCUUCGUGCAAUGCUCGUCAUUGACCGAUUGCUUUCCACACACACGCAUGCAUCAGCAAUCCGAUGUCUAUGAUCGCAGGAACAUCAGCCGUAAUCAGCUCAAUAAUAUCCUGAGCGACAUGUUCGGGAACGUCCCUGGCCUUGUGACGAUGUGAGUCGGCACUGUUUUCUUUUUUUUUUGGCUCCCAAAGCAAAGAGAGACACUCACUCCUCCGUUCCGUGACAAAAACUGUGCAGCGACCUAUCCUUCAAUUCCCUCCCGGGUACCCUGCCGGAGUCCUUCAGCUCCCUGGCGAGUCUGACGACCCUGUAAGGCAUAAUCUCAUUCUUCCUCCAUUUAUUUCCGUCGGAGAAGCUGGGGCUGUGCUACUUACACUCGCCAUGUUGUCUCCGUGCUGCAGGUAUUUGCAGAAUAAUCAGUUUACUGGCUCCAUCGAUGUUCUUGCGAACCUUCCUCUUGAGAACCUGUAAGGGAGAGCUGUUUAUUUGAUCCGGCCGACAAGGCAUCCUCUGAUAACGCUAACCCGUCUGUAAAUUGCCGGCAGGAAUUUGGCCAACAAUCGUUUUACCGGAUGGAUCCCUGAGAAGUUGAAGCGAAUCAACAAUAUCCGGUGAGUGUCGUCGGGCUUAUCAACCUUGCCUUCUUCACACAGCCCGGUAUCUUGAACCGAGUGCACCAAAUUCCGCAGGACCGAGGGCAACUCAUGGAGCUCGGGACCCGCACCUCCUCCGCCACCUUAUUCGCCUCCUCCCAACCGGCGCGCGAGCCCUGGGACGAGAACCAACCCCAGCAAUUCCUCUGAUGGUGGUGGCGGGGGGAAAUCCGGCAUCGGCGGCGGGGGAAUUGCUGGGAUCAUCAUAGCCCUGUUGGUGGUCGGUUCAAUUGUUGCAUUUUUCUUGGUGAAGCGCCGAAGGUCCCGGCAUUCCUCCAUCAAGGAAAAGCUCGAUGUGGACAGGCCUUUCACAGCAUUGCCCGAACCGAACGGUAGUUUAAAGUUUCCUUUUUUCUGUUCUGUGCUUGGUUGGUUAGGCUCAUCAGAUCUUCCGUGCAUUAGCAGUGAGGUUCAUGCGCUCCAAGAAAACACACGCCAUCUGACCUCAAUUUUUUUUAUUUUUUUUAUUUUUUUCCUCUCUUCUUCUAUCUGGGUGUGCAUGCUCGUUCCAGUCUUCCACUAAACUGCAUGCUACUAAUUAAAGUAUGAAAACUCUUGCUCUAACUGCAGAGAUGAAGUCCGUCCAACCAUCCUCUGCUGCGGAUCAUGUGACUGUUGAGUUGCCCGCCACCCUCAGCCUGAAACCACCUCCGAUGGAGCGGCACAAAUCAUUUGACGAUGGGGAGGAUCUGCCCAGCAGGCCACUUGUGGCGAAGAAAAUUACAUCUCCCAUUAGUGCAAAGGCGUAUCCUGUAGCGGACCUGCAGAUGGCUACGGGCAGCUUCAAUGUGGAAAACCUUCUUGGCGAAGGGUCUGUUGGCCGCGUCUACAGGGGACAGUUUGAUGAUGGGAAGGUAUGCCUCUUUCUUCUUCUUCUUCGUUUGGGCAUCCUGUGGGGAUACAUAUAGUUGUCUGCUAGCUUUGCUGGAUGAGUUCCUCUGCUGGAAAAGAUGCAGUACUGAGGAUCAUAAUUCGACGUUGUUUUGUGUUGGCCUUGUACAGGUUCUUGCUGUGAAGAAGAUAAAUUCUUCUGCUCUGCCCAAUCAAUCGGCUGAUGAUUUUCUUGAAGUAGUCUCGAACAUAGCCAGACUACACCAUCCCAAUGUCACCGAGCUCGUGGGCUACUGCUCAGAGUUUGGACAGCACCUGCUGGUCUACGAGUUCCACAGGAAUGGCUCUCUGCAUGAUUACCUCCACCUGUCCGACGAAUACAACAGGCCUUUGACGUGGAACACUCGGGUGAAGAUAGCACUCGGCACUGCGCGGGCAUUGGAGUGAGUACCUGCUAUUUUUGUUUUCCUGCUCUUCAUAAAUGGUCUUGUUUCGAUGAUGCGUCCCUGUGGAGAAAAUCGGCGACGAUUCGCUUAGACUAGUGAAGCUUGGGAAUGGAAAUGCCUUCUGCAUUCAUGAAGAGGUAUUACGUUCAAUUGCUCUUCGAUCUGUGCUGAAGUCCGUGCACGUGUAUGAAGUGUCUCUGGUCGGCGGUGGUGUGAAUCGUCUUCAUCGAGUUAGGAAAAAUCGCCGGGGGAGGAGUUGUUUCGUUGCAAACUAUAGGAAAUCGCUUCUCAGGCUUUAUUUCCUGUUCUCCUGCACCUGUGGUUGGUGACGAUGGCCUGCUAACAUUUCUCUCGCCGCUGUUUCAUCUUCAGAUACCUUCACGAGACCUGCUCGCCGUCUCUUGUUCACAAAAACUUCAAGUCGGCGAAUAUCCUGCUCGACUCGGAGCUCAAACCCCAUGUUUCGGACUGCGGGCUGACCUCACUGAUCCCGGAUGCCCAGUACCAGGUGGGCACCGUGGUCGGAUGCAUCUCUGUUAGUAAUAGUUCUUCUUUAAUAGUUGCCUGCUCUCUCUAUUGUGUAAUCCUUGUUGGGCGAAGUUUGGUAAUCUUUCAUGAUCUCCAAGGAACUGGAUGGCAUCUUCGUGCAGGGCUUAGAUCACAACCUGGGUUCUGGGUACAGUGCCCCUGAGGUCGCCAUGUCCGGCCAGUACACGAUGAAGAGUGACGUGUACAGCUUCGGAGUCGUCAUGCUGGAGCUCCUGACGGGGCGAAAACCCUUCGACAGGUGAGCCCACAAACGUUGAUCCGACUCGUUUCAAGGUUCAUUAGCCAUGCGUGUGAAGGAGGAGAACUGUCUGAAUGGUGAUGUGAUGCUGAAUGGUGUCCAUGACCACCUAUGGCAGCGCGAGACCGAGAUCCGAGCAGUCGCUGGUGCGAUGGGCUUAUCCGCAGCUCCACGACAUCGACGCUCUGGACAAGAUGGUCGAUCCCGCCCUGAAGGGGCUGUACCCGGCCAAGUCCCUCUCUCGAUUCGCCGAUGUGAUCGCUCUGUGCGUUCAGGUACGUGGCGGUGGAAUUGCCGGUGCCUUCCAUCGACGAAGGCAGAAGUUAGGUAUGCUGCUGUUCUCCGGCGGAUUGCUUGCUUACUUACUGACGCGGAGAAAAUCUUGCUGAUGGCGCAGCCCGAGCCGGAGUUCAGACCGCCGAUGUCGGAGGUGGUCCAAGCGCUGGUGCGGCUAGUGCAGCGGGCCAACAUGAGCAAGAGGAUCGGCAGCGCCGACGAGCAGGAGGCCGCACGGCGUGCCGACGAUACCGACGUGCAGGAUUACAUGUUCUGA